AUGAAUUUACUACUGGCGGAAGAUUAUCUUCUCCAAGAUUACCCCGAACACAUCACCAACACAAUUCGAUCCGGCCACUCUACAUGCGUGCGCUUCAACCGGACGGGCGAUUUCCUCGCCUCGGGGAGAGUAGAUGGCACUGUUGUAAUUUGGGAUCUUGAGACCAUGGGGGUUGCACGGAAGCUUCGAGGACACUCUAAGAACAUCACCUCGCUAAGUUGGUCACGGUGUGGUCGGUACUUGCUGUCUGCGUGUCAAGGCUGGAAGGCAAUCCUCUGGGAUCUACAAGAUGGGAGCAAAUAUUGUGAAGUGCGAUUCCGAGCACCCGUUUAUGGGGCGGAGUUACACCCCAUGCAUCAUCACCAGUUUGCUGCCGCGUUAUUCGAAGAACAGCCGAUGCUCGUCGACGUUAAAGAGUCCGCCCAAGGCGCCAACCCCGUCGAAGUACGACAUAUCCUUCCUUCGGUCGAGAAACGAUCCGACGACGGUGCCGACACCCCGACCAAGGAGAAGCACGCCAAAGAAGAUGCGAGGCACAUGACGACAGCCAUUGUAUACACCGCGACAGGUGAACAUCUCCUCGCCGGCACGACCAAAGGCCGACUUAAUAUCAUCGAUGCGACGACACACAAAAUCAUCUACUCGGAAAAGAUUGCCGGCGGUGUAAUAACUACAUUACGGCUUACAGAAUCAGGCAAGGAGUUGUUGGUGAAUGCUCAAGAUAGAACAAUCAGGACAUUCAAGGUGCCAGAUCUGACAUCGGCAGACCUGGACCCCGACACGAUCCAGAUUCCGCUCGAGCACAAGUUUCAGGACUUAGUUAACCGUUUAUCCUGGAACCACGCUGCGUUCAGUUCGACCGGAGAGUACGUCGCAGCUUCGACGUUUAAUAACCACGAGCUAUACAUCUGGGAGCGCGGCCAUGGCAGUUUGGUGCGCAUGCUGGAGGGUCCGAAGGAGGAACAGGGUGUUAUAGAAUGGCAUCCCCACAAGCCCUUGCUGGCAGCGUGUGGUCUCGAAACAGGGAGGAUCAACAUCUGGUCGGUCACAAGUCCACAACGAUGGUCGGCCCUGGCGCCGGAUUUCGUCGAGGUUGAGGAAAACGUCGAGUACAUCGAGAAGGAGGACGAAUUCGAUAUACACCCGCAUGAGGAAAUCCAGAAGCGACGGCUGGACGCCGAGGACGAAGACGUCGACGUGUUGGGGGGCGGCGGCGCUGGCGGCGGCGACGUGGCACCAUUCAGGAUGCCGGUGCUUUUCAACCUCGGGGAGUCGGAUAGCGAAGAAGAGUUUGUGAACGUGGGAUUGGGGACGCUCAGGCGUAAGAGCCCUGACGAUCAAGACGACGGUGCACCCGCAAGUGAGGGGAGACCGCCUGCCAAGAAGACGGUCACGCAAAGGACUCGGACAAGGAAGAGGUGA